AUGCCGACAACCGGCGUCAUGAUCGAUGCUUUCAGGAACCUCAUUCGACAUGGAAAACAGCAUCACGAGCCAUCUAGAUCCGCCCAAGAUGCCCAGACACGUGAGAAGGCCGCCUCGUCCUCCCAGGCCCAGCGAACACGCGAGCGCGAUCAACGGGCUCUUGCCCACGACCAGCAGCAGCUCAACGCGAACCAGCAGCGGGCGGGCGCAAACCAGCCGAUGGUCUCGCCUAAUUAUAGGCGAGAGGCGGAAUUAAUUGUACAAGAAGAAAAUGAGGCCAAAAGCAAGAUGCCCACGUACAAGGGCUUGGAGAAAUACAAGCUGCUUGAGAAGAUGGGAGAUGGCGCAUUUUCAAAUGUGUACAAGGCGAUUGAUCUUACCACCGGGCAGAAGGUGGCCGUUAAGGUUGUGCGCAAAUACGAACUUAACGCUUCUCAGGAUGGGAACAAGCAUCUCAACCCGCAGUUCAAAAAGCGUCCCCGUGUUACAGAGGUGCUGUCUAUUACCUUAUACGUUUUACCUUCGUUUUCUCUCCCGUUAUCGAUAUGCCCGUUUGCCCUUCUCGGAUAUUGUCGCGCAAACAUCCUCAAAGAGGUGCAAAUUAUGCGGGGGAUCAAUCAUCCAGGGAUCGUCCAAUUACUCCACUUCUUCGAAUCAGACGAACACUACUUUUUAAUAUUAGAGCUGAUGGAGGGUGGCGAGCUUUUCCACCAAAUUGUCAAGCUCACAUAUUUUAGUGAGAAUUUAUCAAGGCACGUCAUCUUACAGGUGGCAAGUGCCAUCCGCUACCUCCACGAAGAACGCGGUGUUGUGCAUCGUGAUAUCAAACCAGAGAAUCUCCUGUUCGAGCGCAUCCCUAUUAUUCCUUCAAAGAACCCUAUACACCGACCCUAUGACGAGGAGAAGGAGGACGAGGGGGAAUUCAUCGCCAGUCGUGGUGGUGGCGGGAUUGGACGAGUGAAGCUUGCCGACUUCGGUCUAAGCAAAGUCGUCUGGGAUCAGCAAACUAUGACACCCUGUGGAACAGUUGGGUACACCGCUCCGGAAAUUGUGAAAGAUGAGCGAUAUUCUAAGAGCGUGGAUAUGUGGGCUCUCGGAUGCGUUCUUUACACGCUGCUCUGCGGUUUCCCACCUUUCUAUGAUGAGAGUAUCAAUGUUCUCACCGAGAAGGUAGCGAGAGGGUACUAUACGUUCCUAAGUCCUUGGUGGGAUGACAUCAGCGCCUCGGCCAAGGAUUUGAUUACACAUCUGCUUUGCGUUGAUCCCGCACAACGAUACACAAUCGAUCAAUUUCUUGCACACCCAUGGUGUAAUGAAGCGCCCGCUCCACCUCCGCCCCCGACCCCUAUGACAGCACCAGCACAUGCAAUAGAUUCUCCUCUACUACAAGCUCUGCGUGGUGGUCGAGAGGCCAGAUCACCUGGGUUGGCCACGCUCAAGGAAGCAUUUGACGUCACAUACGCGGUACAUCGUGCGAAAGAGGAGGAAGAGGCUAGACGCGCAUAUCAUGGACCUGGCGGUGCGGGCAUGCGAGGUUUCUUACAUGAUUUGAAUGAGGAUGACGAGGAUAUGGAGCAAGACAAGCAGACGAUAGAGGAUGCACGCCAAAGGGAGAAGGCUAGCCAGCAGUCGGGAGGCUCCGCCAAGCGCAGAUCGGUCGGACGUGACACGCUCAAUGAAGGUCGAGCAGGUAUGCGUGAUGCUCCUCGACACCGCGGUCAAGAUGGCGCAAACAAGCCGUUUGUUCUCGACAUCGACAAUGCAACAUUACUUGGUCGACGGCAUCGGAGAGUACGGACACCUGGUGUCUCAAGUCCGCUUGCCCAGCAGUCUAUUACUGGGAAGUACGAUAACGCAUAUUACGAGACGCCAGGCAGCCCUAUGCAAAUUGGUUGA